GCUUUCUCACAGCUGUUUUAGUAGACGUGCAAGUGUCUUGUUCCUAAAUGACUGGUGGACUUGAGUGUCUUUUCAUGGGCUGUUGCGAUUUCUAAAAAGUGUAGGUUCUGUAGAUGUUGACAUCUUGUAAGAAUCAGUUAGGUUGUAGUGGUUGAUAGUGUUCUUCAGAUUGUUGGUUCCUGGGUUUUUUUUCUUUUGUUGUUCUGUCCAUUUCAAAGAAAGGGGUGUUAGUAUUAAGAUUUUUGUGGCUGUGGAGUUUUCUGUCUCUCCCCUUAAUUCUGUCUUCCUUUAUUCUGAUAGUUUUUUUAGUGUGUCUCUAGCAGAAGCAUAUAGUUGGGUCUUACAUUUUUAUCCACUCUGACAAUCUCUUCACUUUUCUUUUAGUGUUUUAGCUAUACCUCUCUGCAUUUUUUUACUCAGAGGCUGCUCGAGGGGUUACAAUAAAUCCACUUAAUUUUUACCGGUGACAUAGGGUAGCUGUAUUAUAGCCCUCUGUAUGCACGAUUGAAAACUGCCCUUACCCUGGUGGGACCCCUGCCCACACUUCUGUGCUGUGGUUGAGUGCCGUGCCUGUACACUUUAUACUUUCUGAUUUUUCUUUGCAUUUUUCUUGUAGACUAGCCUACCAUGGCCGACCAGCGACAGCGCUCGCUCUCUACCUCUGGAGAAUCGCUGUACCAUGUCCUCGGUCUGGACAAGAACGCAACCUCAGACGACAUUAAAAAGUCCUAUCGGAAACUGGCCUUGAAAUAUCAUCCAGACAAGAACCCCGAUAACCCAGAGGCUGCAGAAAAGUUCAAGGAGAUCAACAACGCGCACGCCAUCCUCACGGACGCCACAAAGAGAAACAUCUACGACAAGUACGGCUCGCUGGGGCUCUAUGUGGCCGAGCAGUUCGGGGAGGAAAACGUGAACACCUACUUUGUGCUGUCCAGCUGGUGGGCCAAGGCCCUGUUUGUCUUCUGCGGGCUCCUCACCUGCUGCUACUGCUGCUGCUGCCUGUGCUGCUGCUUCAACUGCUGCUGCGGAAAGUGCAAGCCCAAGGCACCCGAGGGCGAGGAGACCGAGUUCUACGUGUCCCCCGAGGACCUGGAGGCACAGCUGCAGUCGGAUGAGCGGGAGGCCACAGACACGCCGAUUGUCAUACAGCCAGCGUCCGCCACAGAGACCACCCAGCUCACGGCCGACUCUCACCCCAGCUACCACACCGACGGGUUCAAUUAAGUUCAGGAGAAGCUGUGAUUUGCGGAUCAAUCAGCACCUGGCCACUUCAACCUUAGAAUCAUGAACUGUAGUCACAGAGGUGGGAAGGGAGCCGUUCUGGCUGUGGGGAAAGGGCUCCUCCUGCCUCUGUGCCCGCCUGCUCACCAACCCCUGACACGUGAAGUGCGUAGCAUGCAGUAUUUAAAGCAGUUUAGCUACGGUCGCCGUCUUCUGUUUUUCCCUUUUCUAAUAGCAUGUGUGGGGUUCUGUUCUAUGUCUGUCUGUGCUGUGGGCGUGCUGCGGUGUGACCGUGUGGACUGAGGGCGGUGCCGCCUGGGGCCCUCUGUCAGGUCUCUGCAGUGAGCUGGCCACUUUGCCUGGUGUCCCCAGCAGGCAAGAGGGGCCGCUCUCUCCCCCUGUGCUCCUGGGCUGGGCAGGUGCUGCCUGUGGAGCUAUGGGGUCUCGUCCGUCAGGAUGGCCACAGGCAGGGCCUCUCAGCACUGUCAUGUCCCCAUGGUGUUGGUGGCAAGGGCAGGAGCACAGAUUCUGUUCAUCUUGUAUGCGUGGCCUUGUGAUGGGGCUUUUCUGAGGGUGUGUCGCAGGGACUGUGGGAGGCUCCUGAGACCACCUUUUCCUGUGUCUAGCCUGAGCCCCCUGUGCCACCAGCUGGCAUGACAGCCACAACCUGGCAGUCUCUCCUCUCCCUUCUCUGCAUCUCCCUCCACAUUCCUCCAGGCCUUGUGCCUCUUCAUAACUGUCUUUAGACAUCUAAGCACCACAGUGGCAGCAGCAGCAGCCCAGUUGGUCACAGUCAGACUGAGAGUCCAGGCUGUGGUGGCGCCUUGCUGCCGAGCUUCCUCUGCUUCCAGAGCCCCUGUCCACCCUCUUUCUUCAGCUCCUCCC